UUUGUAUAGUUCAGGUUUAGGAUAGGCAUUAGUAUUAGUGUAAUAUUGUAACUAAAAUAGGAUAGAAUACAUUUGUAAUUUUAGUCUUAAGGUAAACCCCAAGCGAGUCACAGCAACGAUCCGAAAGAACCAGUAAAGCUAUCGAACAGUAUUAGUAAUUAGUGUUAGGCCAGUACCAGUGGUACGCAUCUAAAGAAUAAAAUACGGGCAGUCUUGUCACAGCGGUCAUCAGGAACACGCGAAUGUCGAUACCACAAAUUGGCGACGAGGAUAAAAAGUAUUUCAAAAGUCAAGUCAUGUCGAAGUCGAUAGGAAGUAUAGAACCCUACUUGAUGGGAGAAAAUAUAGAGAGCUACCUGAAAAGGCUCGAUAUUUUUAUGGAGAUUAGUGAUGUGGUAGAGAAAAAGAAGGCUAAAUAUAUGCUGUCGAUUGGUGGAGCGUCAUUGUAUGGAGUGGCGGAAAAAGUGUGUGCACCGGAGGAGCCAAGCAAAAUUGCAUACAGUGAACUUGUAAGAGUCAUAAAAAAACAUCUGAAACCGCAAGUGAAUGAGGUCGCGGAACGGUAUAAGUUCAGAUUGGUGUGCCAAAAAGAGAUGUCAAUGUCGGAUUUUAUCAUCGAGCUGAAGGCUGCGGCACAAUCUUGCACGUUUGGUGAGUUUUUGCAAUCCGCGCUGCGUGACCGGUUAGUGGCUGGUGUCAAUGACAUCGAACUCAGGAAGAGGCUCCUUACUGAGAAUAAACUGUUCUUCGACCAAGCGUGCGACAUAGCACAAACGUGGGAAGCGGCUCGACGCCUCGGCAAAGAUGAACAAUUGCCGAGCAGAAAACGAGAUAGCGGCAAUGAGGCGGGCAGCUUUCAGCAGAGGAAGUGAUAACGAAAGAGCGGUAACGUACGAUCGUAUGCGUAAUGACGCGCCAUGGAAACGAGCAGCCUAUAACGAGAGAGCCACGCCGAGCAGUACAGCGUGGAGCGGGAGAGAAACUAAGCCGUGUUUCCGAUGCGGUCGAUUACACAAUCCCGUUACGUGUCCUGUUUCGGGUCCUGAAAAACUGGUCCUGUUUCGAGUGCGGCAGAAAAGGACAUGUGUCAACCAAAUGUGCUCGUGGUCGAGGAAUGCGCAGUAUGGAACAAGCGGAGAACAAAAUGGAGUUGCCCUUAGCAACAGAAAGUGCGGAAUCAAGCUAGAGUUUGAAGUUGAUUGCGGUGCGACUACAAGUGUUCUGCCUGAAUAUGUGUAUAAGGAAAACUUCAGCAAGGUGCCAUUAGUAAAAAGCACGACGAGUUUUGUAUCAGCAUCAGGUGAAAAAAUCACACCUAUCGGGCAAAUGUGUUUAGUCGUCGAAGCAGAAAACGGAAUGAAAGGAAAGGUUAACGUGGUAGUUAUCUCCACGAUGGAGAGAGGCGUUCACGUUAUAUGCAAUAGAAAGCGAUAGCAUGGAAGAAAUCAAAGAAAAGCUCAAAAGAGUAAUAGCCUUGUCGCAUACCAACGAUGCAAUUGAAGGUUAUACGGCGAACUUAGUUCUAAAACCUACUGUUAGUCCAGUAUUUCAUAAGGCUUAUACUGUUCCAUAUGCGUUGAUAAAACCAGUUGAAGAAAAUUUAGAGAUGUUAGUGGAGAAAGGAAUAUUAAUUCCUUGCAGGAGCUCACAAUGGGCAAGCCCAGUGGUAGUAGUCAAAAAGAAGGAUGGUUCGGUGAGGUUGUGUUUAGACGGCAAAGCCACCAUCAAUAGAAUGUUGUGAACCAAUCAUUAUCCUCUACCGCGAAUUGAUGAUAUCUUAGCAAAAAUUGCGGGGUGGAAAUAUUUCUGUAAGUUAGAUCUGUCAGGAGCAUACUUACAAGUAAUGUUAUCGGAAGCAUCACAAGAGAUUUGUACGAUUAACACCCAUAAAGGAUUAUAUAGAUAUACAAGAAUGCCUUUUGGAAUCAGCUCAGCCCCCACAAUAUUCCAAUCGAUUAUCCAUCAGAUAUUACUAAAUACCGCAGGAAUCGCAUAUAUAGACGAUAUUCUAGUGGGAGGUAUAACUGAGAAAGCAUGUAAAGCAAAUCUUUAUGUUGUGUUAGAGAAGUUAAAUCAACAUAACGUUAAAUUGAACCUAGACAAAUCUGAAAUUCUUCGAAGUAAGAUAGAUUACCUAGGAUACACACUAUCUGCGGAAGGUAUACAACCUAAUCGUGAUAAGUUAGAAGCUAUAGAUAAAGUAUCUCCGCCUAAAAGCGUGCCAGAACUUGAAGCGUAUUUAGGAUUAUUGAAUUAUUACCAUCUUUUUUUGCCAAAUUUGUCUAGCAAACUACAUUCUUUAUACACAUUGUUACGAAAAGAAUCCAAAUUUAUAUGGAGCUCGGACUGUCAGGAGGCCUUCGAAGAAUCAAAAAAGUUGCUAAUGAGUAACCAAGUAUUAGAGCCAUACGAUCCGACAAAACCACUGUUAUUACCUGUAGAUGCAAGUCCUUAUGGAGUCAGGGCGGUGCUAUCGCACAAAAUAGGCAACGUAGAAAGACCAGUUGCGUUUGCUUCCGCAACACUGUCGGAAGCUCAGAAGAAUUACGCGCAAGUUCACAGAGAAGCUCUCACUGUAGUAUUCGGGGUAGAAAAAUUUCACAAAUACUUGUUCGGUUAUCGUUUCACCGUAAUUACGGAUAACAGUGGACUUAAGGAGAUCUUCAAUCCAUGCCGAGGGACGUCUUGUAUUGAAAUGGCUAGGUUACAACGAUGGGAGCUUAAGCUAGCGGACUAUGAAUAUGUAAUAGAACAUAGACCGGGAAAAUAUAUGGCUAAUGUAGAUGCCAUGUCUAGACUUCCACUAGCAGUCCAGCCAAAGAUAGAGAGCGUUAGCAUAGGAAUCAAUGCUAUAGAAGAGAGUAAAUUAAUGGGCUCAGUCGAUCAAAAAGUUAUUCUAUUAGAAAAGCAAAAAGAUAUCAUUUUACGUCAAAUCAUGGAAAACACACUGAAUGGGUGGCCAAGCAAGUCGGAUGAAACUAUGAAGUAUUACGAAAAAAUGCACGUGCAUUUCUGUUUAGAUAAUGGUAUUUUAUAUUUUGAUGAUAGGGUGGUGAUUCCAAAAAAAUUGAAAACUAGGAGAGGUAUGGACCAAGACAUCAAGGACUUGGUACAGACAUGCGUGAUAUGUCAAGCUAGACAGACUGUCCCUAAAGAGGUGGUUACAACAACUUGGAAACCUGUGUGCGAACCGUUUGAAAGAGUUCAUGUAGAUUUGUGUUACAUAGAAGGCCGUAUCUUGCUUAUUUUGGUAGACGCCUUUACCAAGUAUAUAGAUGUUAAAAUUGUUAAUAUGACACGAGCAACUGACAUAAUCGAACAAUUAGAAUCGUUUUUUGCGCACUUUGGGUUACCGAAGGAGGUUGUUUCAGACAACGGACCGCCAUUUAAUUCGGAAGUUUUUGUAAACUUUCUUAAGCAGCUAGGCGUAAAAGUAACUAAAACGCCUCCAUACCAUCCACAAUCAAAUGGAUUGGCGGAGAGGGCUGUGAGAACAGUAAAAGAGGUUCUACAAAAGUUUACUAUUGACGAUCACUUACGCUCCCUCUCUCUUGGUAGGAAGAUCAAUAGAUUUUUAUUGCAAUAUCGCAAUGAACCAUGCACGGUCACGCAAGUCACUCCAUCUUAUCUAAUAUUUAAAUAUGUUCCCACUACUAGAUAUAAAUCCAUAAAUCCGUUGAAAUCCAGUAUCCAUCACCAACCCACACCAAGAGCUAAUAAGUCACACCUCUUAAAUGCAGAAAAAACCUUACCGGUUAUUGAAUUCAAGCCAGGAGAAAAAGCAUUCUAUAGAAACCACUUUAAGGAGCUUAUGCGGUGGAUACCAGUUAUUGUGUAUCAGAAAUUAAGUGGAUUGCGUUAUUUAAUUGAUUUAGGAGGACGGAUUCAUAGAAGAGCAUAGCGCUUCGUUGUAAAUAAAAGAAUCAAGUUACUUAUGGAA